ACGUCGAGUCUUACUACUUUUCACGGCCUUUAAGUGACGAAUUUACCGUUCGCCGAAUAAAACCGAGUCGUAGGCGAGCGCGAAAAUACUCUGUCGCGUGUGUCUCGUCGCGAGAAAGUAGAAAAGCUGUCAAAAGUUUGUCACGCGAAAGCUUGAAAAAAAAAGAGAUCAAUCGGAGAUUGAAAGCGAUACCAUCUCGCAACGAGCAGCUAUGGUGAAAAUGUGGCAGCACAACAUCUGAACGAAACACGAACGCAGAAAAGACCUCGGUCAAAGUCAUAUAGGUUGGUGUGGGAACGAAAUCAAGACUUGUGUGUGCGUGUGUUUGUGUGUGUGUGUGCGUGCGUCGUUCUAUUGCCUGUUGGGCCUUUGUGGCCGCGUUGAAACGAGAAAGGACGAAGAGAUGGCGGAAAACGACAGCCAUGUCGCGCCAGAAGCCACCAUGAUACGAUCCGAGGACGAGGAGGGACGAGAGGAGCUGUAUCCUACAGUAGAAUGCAAGAGCAUAACGAUGGAUAAUUGCGGCAUGAAAGACGAGAAGACGACGAAUGAGGGGAGAGAAGAGGAGGAAGAAGAGAAAAGAGGUCAUCGUAAGGAGAUCAAAAUGGACCAAGCGCAAGGAUUGCAAACACAGGUGCAGCAAACUGAUACGCAAGCCGACAGAAAAGUCGAUACAAACCCGGACCACACAUUGGAUUCUGCGUUCAGUAGUCAAAGAGUGUACAAGAAAUCAUCACCGAAUAAUAAAUUGACACUUUACCUAGCCAGUAGGGAUCUUAUUGUCAGCGAAGGCAAAAUUGACAAACUUCAAGGCGUUCUCUUGGUUGACCCCGAUUACUUACAGGGAAAAAGGGUGUUUGGUCAAGUUACGCUAACUUUUCGCUACGGAAGAGAAGACGAAGAAGUAAUGGGCCUAAAAUUUUGCAACGAAGCAGUCAUGUGUUUGGCCCAAUUGUAUCCACCAUAUGCCGGAUCUGAGCAAGAAAGUAUAACGGCAUUACAGGAAGCACUUGUCAGAAGGUUAGGACCCAAUGCCCACGCAUUCACAAUGGAGAUCACACCACUAGCUCCACCAUCCGUGCAAUUGGUACCAGCUAAGGAAUACAAUGGUGCACCUAUAGGUACCAGCUAUGAUGUCAAAGCUUAUGUCGGUGAGCAAAAUAAAGCUGCUAUUUUUCUUAGGUUUUAUUUUUAUUCUGGUUUUGACGAAUUUACUUUGAUCGAAGAAAAGAAAUACAAUAGAGCACAAUAA